GGCCAGUCCGGCGGGGCGCGGCGGCGCUCGGGGUAAGCAGGCCAGGCCCGCGGAGCCGGACCGCCAGGGCAGGGCGAGGGCGAAGCGGCUGGGCAGAGAGGCCGGAGCAGCCCGGGUGCCUCGUUUGCCCCAUCCGCAGCCACUCGGCGCCCCGGGUCGCGAGGCGCGGAGCCGUGAGCGAGCGCGCUGGAGGCGGUGGAGCCGAGCGGAGGCUGCGCGCCUGGUGUGCCUGGCCCGGCCCGGCGCGCCUCCUCCAUCGCCUCCCUGGCGUCUCGCUCGCCCCCUUCUGCUUUCCUUUGCUUCCUCUGCUCAGCCCCGCCGUGCUAAUCUUCCCCCGCCCCCCACCUCGUGCUCUCAUCUCAGCCGUGUUGGACACCGGGUCCCCCAGGCCACGGCCGCGACCCCUCCCCCGAGACUCGAAGAAAUCCGGACUUUUCCCUACGUUGAUGGAGCCGACUGCCGGGCUGGGCUGAGCGGUUUCUACGGCCGCUCCAGACGCCACCCCGGCGGGAGCACCGACAUUCUGGGUCCCGGCUGAGUGCACUCCGGACGCCUAGUAGUGCCAGCUCGGGAAGGGCAGAGCAAGGCAGGGGCAGGACAGACCCCGGAGGGGCUCAGACCUGACGAUCUGGAAUGGACAGAGAGAAUCGCGAACCCAGUGGAGCCCGGGGAAUGCCGGGCGUGGGCUGAGGGGAUCCCGGCGCCCUCCCCAGCCCUCCGACUUUGGCUCAGUCGCCUGGACCGGACUGGUGUUACCUCGGCUCGGGUCACCUGUGGCCUCGGGGCCCCCGAGCUCGCCGGACCCUCGCGACCCGGAGCCUGGCCAGCGUGGUGGGGAGAUUUUUUUUUUCGCCCCCUUCCCGGGAGCGCGGAGGCCCCGCCCCCUCCCACCGCCCAGAUGUCUCCGGUCACUGAUCGGAGGACCUUCCUGAGGCCAGGAGCCGAAGGGUCCAGAAAGAGAAGCCCGCCCUAGGGAGACUUGGGGGCCCCCCAAUCUCGCCUUGGGGCUCGGCCCCCGACAUUGCUUAGAGGAAAGGCCUCUACCCCCACCCUCGGGGGCUGCCCUCCUCCAAUCCAGUUCCCUCUCCAGCGCAGUUCACAUCUGGAGCCCCCUCCACAUCUGGAAGACCCUGAUCACCGUCCCUCUGCUGGUUCGGCUGCAUCUAAAGACCUCUGCCUUUGUAACUGCCUAGGAGUUGCGAGGGGAUUGCUGCCUUCCCCCAUCCCAAGGGCAUCUCUUACCCUUAGUCCUUGCAGAAUCAUCCCCCUGCCUCCGCAUCCAGAUUCAGGCAAAGAUCAGCUCUGUACACCAUUGGCACUUCAAGUCCUGGAAGCUGUUCUUGGGCCCAAGGCCCCUCCCCUUGCCCUCCUGUGUCCUCACCUUGACCCCCCCCCCCCGUCAGAUUCUGUCUCCCUCUGGGUGCUCCAUCCCCCACCCAGAGGCGAGUAGGUGGAGUGGCAGGCAGCAGGGGCUGGGUGAGGGCCGCCCAAGGCCAGGGUAGGCUGGGGGGCCGUUAAGAUGUGGAGCUCUGCCCGUCCGAGGGGGGCUCCGUGGAGGCAGACGAAGUGUGUGCCCCGCUGGGGCGAGUAUGGGCAGGCUUGCGGCCACGUGGUGAAGGAUGAACAUUCGGGGUGCCCCGGACCUCGGGCAGCCCAGUGACGACCCCAACAGUGGUGGAGAAAGAGAGCGGAUUCGACAGCGCAUGAAGAUGGUCAUCGGGCAACUUGAAGGCAUCCUGAGGGAACUCAAAGAAGUGGCUAAGGAGCUGAGGGAGGUGGUGAGUCAGAUCGACAAGCUAACCUCUGACUUUGACUUUGAACUGGAGCCAGAUGACUGGACCACGGCCACUGUGAGCAGCACCUCCAGCAGUGACAAGGCAGGUGCGGGCGGUCCCUUUGACCUGGGCCACCUGGACUUCAUGACGGCUGAUAUCCUCUCAGACAGCUGGGAGUUCUGUUCCUUCCUGGAUGUCUCUACCCCAUCAGACUCGGUGGAUGGUCCUGAGGCACCACGGCCAGGCACAGGCCCUGACUACCAGCUCAUGAAUGGUGGUUUGCCCAUCCCCAAUGGGCCACGAGUGGAGACACCAGACUCCUCCAGUGAAGAGGCCUUCAGUGCUGGCCCUGCAAAGGGCCAGGUGCCCCAGCGGACUCCAGGGACAAGGGAGAGGGUACGGUUCAGUGACAAAGUGCUCUACCACGCUCUGUGCUGUGAUGAUGAAGAGGGGGAUGGUGAGGAGGUAGAGGAGGAGGAGGCGGGCCUGGCCCCAGAGCUGCCCCGUGUGGAGCCACACACAGGCCCCCUCAAGCCCUCCCCAGCCCCCUACAAGACCAAACGCUCUCCGUUGACCACCCGACGCUUGGGCCCCACGUUGGCCCCAGAACAGACCCGGAGGGUCACAAGGAACAGCAGCACUCAGACAGUAUCAGACAAGAGCACGCAGACAGUGCUGCCCUACACAGCCACCAAACAGAAAGCUAAGGGCAAGAACUAGGGGCUUGGGGGGGUGGUGCGGGGGAUGCAUAGAGCUAUAAAUAUAUAUAUAUAUAUAUAUAUUUAAACAAACACAGUCAUAAUAAAAUUCAUAAACACUUAAGGAUCCGGGCCCAUAGGCCCCAAAGCCUUCAGAAAGCUCAUCCUAAAACAACCAGAUGCCCAGAGUUCACCCUCCCUGAAGGGAGCUGACCCCUACCGUGCCCAGUACAACCCCCACACACACACCAUGGAAGUCUGUGAUUACUAACCUGGGCUGUUUCCAAUCCAGGGAACUCAGCAACUAGAGAAAAGCUAAGGGAACAGUAUGCCAGGGCUGGGCUCACCUGAGAAAGUAAGAACUUAGAACCCCAAGUUGGCAUCACUCCUAGACCCAGAAGCACCUCUGUCCUCCUGGGCAGACCUGUUCCUUGUCUCCCCUGAGACAGGGACACAUGAAGAGGCAACCCCGCCUUCACCCCUGUAUCUUAGGAUUGCCCCCAAACACUGAGGGAUGGCCUGAGGUGGGGCAGGCUGCACUGCCAGGAGGCUGGCAGCUACGAAGCCUGCAGGACCAGGCCGGUCCAAUCUGAGAAGGCCAGGCUACUCCGAUCUUUCAGUUCCCAUUCUUAGCUCUGGAGUUUAGACUUCUCAGGUCUUGUCCCUGAGCAGACCCAAGGUCUGUGGACAGUGGCAGCAUCUGUCACAGUGUUGGGACCCAGGACACAGACGCGCUUGGCCGUCUGCCUCAGGCAGGCAGCCGGAGUGAGAAAACCAGGAGUUGGGUGCCCGGGGUCUCUGCCUUGCUCCUCCUUCUUCACACCCAAACCCUCGGCUCACCUUACUAAGUCCCGAGUGGAGAUGCAGGAAGAGUCUAGCAGCAACAGAGCUUCACUGGCGUUUUGAUCUUCCCAGCAACAGCCUUGAAAUGGCCUGAGGGUCGUACUGGUCCCAUUUACUGAGCAAGUCGCUGUGCUCAACACCCCAUAUAACAGUACCUCAUUGUCCCAUUUUUCAAAUGAGAAGACUGAGAGGUUCAGAGAAGUGAAGUAACAGACCCAAGGUCACAGAGCUUUUCUGUUCCCAAGAACUAGUAGUUUACAGACUACGCCUGGCCCUGCUUUAUAGCAACUGGGCCAAUUCACUUGCCUCGACCUUUUCUACUGUAAAAUGGGUCUGAUAGUCUUCACCAUCUCAGGAGCAGUCACAGGGACCCAGCAGGGUGAUGAGUGUACACACUCUAUAUAAAUUGAAGGCACUACCUGGCUACCGUGGUCAGCAUGGCCUAGCCUACAUAUCCAGUGGUAGAGGGGCUGAGUGGAAGCCAUUUCCACGGGGUCAGAAGCCAUUCUGAGUCAGAAGUAUCACAAACAGCUUGAGGCUAGAAGAUGGCCACAGUGUGACUCAUUAGCCCCACCUGGAGCAGAGGCACAGUCAGUGAACUGGUGAGAGCAUCAGCCUUGGACAUUUCUAUUAAUACAGAACCACAACCUGCCAGGAGGGCCUUGUGCUCUGCCAGCACCCACUGCCCCGGCCUGGGGAGGUGCUGUGUAAUAAUGCCAGAGUAGGGACUAGCAGGACAUAACUGGAAAAUCUGGCCGAUCUAGGGUAUCACAGGAUGAGAUCUGUCCCCACUUUGUUGAGGUCAGUGCCCUACAAAGCCAGUGUGGUGCAGCCACCAGAACAGGAGUCCACUGACAGCCAGCUGGGGCUGGUUGGGGCUAGCUCAUCCAAGUAGGCCAGCAAGGGCUUACCCUCCCUGAACUGAACAGUUCCCACUCAUCCCUUCUCUCUGAGACUGUUUUUCCCCUCAUCAGUGAUGAGCUAGUUUUUCUCAUCUUUUCAACCAUUAUGGAGAUGAAACUUACAGAAUAAUUCCCAUUUCACAGGGGGUGAAACUGAGGCCCAGGACCAGAGUCUCUGAGAGCCCUGAGUGAGGGAUGUUUUUCCCCUUUCUCAAAUGCCUCUCUGACUCAGGCUCAUAUGACUGUGUUUGGUCACAGAUAACCUCAACCACCUGUGCCCACGUGGGGCAUAGUGCGAGUGGGUCCUGGUUUUUAGAUACAGGUCCACCAUGGUGAAGGCUCAGAAAGCUCUUGGUGUUCCCACCACAUCCAAACCUCACUGGCAGUGGGAUAGACUUCUUAAGACUUGAAACACAGACCAUGUCCACCCAGGGGAAAAGACAUUCUCGCCAUCAGAGCAGGUGCCUCCACCCUCAGAGCACGCACGUCAGCUCAGCCUCCUGCUCCUCCCAGCCUCCAGGCCUCUGCUGGUGUCCAGCUAUGCUCCUGAGGAAGUUAUCUGCUUCUAGGAAGUAGGAUUUCACCUGCCAUCUGCUGUGUGCAAUUCCUCGUGCUGCAGGUGCUCUGGAGUCGGUAGGAGGGAGCUAAGCUGGCCCUCAUAGCAGAGAGGGCCUGAGCAUAGUAAAUAGCCCCACUAAUGAGCACAUACUAUGCACUGGAAAUGUGUGAGCAUGUGCCUUAUCUCAUUCAUUCCUCACAGAAAUUACAAGCUAGGUCGUUUUAUUUUACUUGUGCCUAUUUUCCAGAUGGGAAAACUGAGGUCUGAGAGAGAAGUCGAGUCAUUUACUAAAGGACAUACAAUAUGAGUUAGGAUUCAAACCCAAAUCCAGUUUCUUAGCACUCAUAUGUGUCCUGGCAUAAGGGUAGACAUUAGGUGGCCCAAGAAUCGCACAAGCCUUGGAGGGUAAGAAAUGUGCUGGAAGGAGAAAGCCAGUGAACCUUCUGUUUGGAGAAAACUUGGUUACUGUCAACCUGUACGUCAUAGCCCCUGUCUCAGCCCAAAACUGAAUGGAUCACAGAUUUGAUAAAUGGUUGUCAAAUGCAUUAAUGAGUUC